UUUUUUUCCCUGAGGAUGCAAUAUAUCAAUAGCAUUCCAGUAUCUGCCAAUCAUCAGAUCAGCUGCUGUCUGUGCAGCGGGGUUGCUCACAAGCAUGGCGAUGGAGAGGACCCUGCUUCUGCAAGUGACGCUGCUUUGUUCGGUCCUGUUUGCCUCGUAUGUGGAAGCGCAAUACCCAGGAUGCGAGAAAGAAAGCACAUUACCAUCCAAUGUUUGCUACUGGUCUCAAGGCACUCUGGUGGGAAAAAUCCCCCCCGGACCAUGUAAACCUGAUUGCGAAUUCGUGAUUCGCCAGCCCGAAUUUUUGAAAGUUAUUGGUUCGUCACCGAAGGUGAGGGUGUUGGUUAGGACUCCAGCUCUCGAAGGUGGAGUGUACUAUCCUGACAAAGACGAGUUCUACUUCUCCACUGUGAGAUUUAACGAGAGCCAAUUCAAGCAGCCAUCGAUAGAUGUGAAGAAGGUGAACCUAAGGACGCGCCAGAUCACAUCCAUACUUAAAAAUAAUCCCCCGCUUGGCCCUUUACAAGCACUUCCUUGUGGAAUGGCACUCGACAACAAUGGCCACUUGAUUGUAGCCUUCCAAGGAUCAAACAUCAUCCCGGGCUCUAUCAAGAAGUACAAUCUGUCAUCUACAGCCGAGGAUAAGCUUAUCAAAAAUAUGGCAGACAAUUGGUUUUCAAUGCCUUUCAAUAGUCCUAACGAUGUCGUUGUGAAGAGUGAUGGCUCGAUCUGGUUCACCGAUCCCAGCUAUGCCAGAGCACAGGGAUUGAAGACUACCUCGUCUGUGAAGAACAUGGUUUACAAGAUUGGAUUGGAUGGCUUUGUGGACGUGGUCGCCAAUGGAUUCUCCCAGCCUAAUGGACUAGCAUUCUCCCCUGAUGAAAAGCGUCUCUACGUCACCGAUACGGGAUAUGACACUGGACGACCGGGAGAGUUCGACAUCAUGCAGCCACACACGGUGAUAGUGUUCGAUGUCGGUAGAGAUGGACUUCUGGGCAACCGGCGGUUAUUCGCAUCAGUUGGCACUUACAUAAAUUUCGGGGGCGAACUUGACAUCCCUAACGGCAUCAAAGUUGACACUAAUGGGCGAGUUUACGUGGCCAGUAGAGAUGGAGUGCAGAUCUUCAGUCGCUCAGGACGACCCCUGGGUCUCAUCAAGCUGCUAGGUGCGUCUAACAUUGGAUUCGGAGGGAAGAAGCUCGACACCCUGUACAUGCUUGACGGCAAAUCAAUCUCCUACAUCAAACUCCAGGCCAAAGGUGCUGGACUCAAGUACGCUACCAAGUCCAGUUUCUAAACCAAGAGAUGGGUGUUGCUUCUAGCUUUAGACACAGAGAUUCAGCCUACUAACCGAGAGCUUGAAUCGUGGAGGAGCUAUUACAGUGAAGGAGCUAUUUCAGUGGUCGUGCUCCUUCACUAGCUAACACGUUUUAACCAGCUCUGUGAAUGCAUAAAGUUGGAUUCUCAUGGCCAAUCCACUUUUGUAAGAGCUGAGGUACUAUGGAUGAAACCCAAAUACCAUAGAUUGAGCUCAAUCAUCUUAGCUUAGUACACUACCUGCUAUGUUUGGCAUGGGCAACUCAGCAGCUUGAGAAGAUUAUGGUAGUGAUCAGAUGCCUUGAAGAUAGUUUGUUCGCCUAUGCACGACUCAAUUUUUGAUUCAGAAACUGCAUCUAAAAUCCUAUCCACUUGCUAAACAUUCCAUUCAACUCAGUUUUCAAGGUCCCCUAAAUUUUACUUGUUGAAUAGUAUCAAGGCCAUUGUCUGGUAAGACUCGCAGUGUAAUUGCAACUCCUGAUUCCAUACAGAUCAUGGUUCGUUUGA